GAACAGACCUCUCCCCUUCAUCAGCUGAGUCUCCCCCAGGGACCACAACCAGGGACGAUGGUCAGGCAAAUGGGCUGGAGCAUGAAUGGUGAGAUCCACUGCGGACACACACUGCCUGUAUUACCCUGGGGAGGCCCCAGGUGACCAGGGACCAGGGCUGCAAAGAAAAGACACCGCCUCUGCUCCACUCUUCACACUCACUGGAUCCUGUUGCUGUUUCCACCCACUUUCCCAGAUCUAAGCUCAGGCAAUCAGCUUAUUAGAGUAAUAAAAAAACCAGGAUCUUUAAAAUGAGUAAUGCUUAUUUAAGUUAGAGAAAUGUACUAUUAGGGAUGUGGGUGAGAGGCAUAUUUCAGACAUCCCGGGGGAGGGGUGUGAUAGGUCAUGUUGGGUGGUCUCUCCUCCCUUGCAUUCCUAGCCAAAUCUCUGAUAAUUUCUCUCGUUCCAAAGCCCUUUCCCUGUGGAGGUAUGAAGAAGGGGUCACUUUGGGGACCACAGCAGAGAAUGAGCUUGUCAGAAUCAAGCAAGUGAGUGGGUCUGCCUGUGGCCGCCCUCGGGGGCAUCCAGUACUCCCUCCUUUAGUUAACAUGUUCAUAUUUUAUUUCCACCCAUGGAAGGACAUUUUCCUCCUCACACCCAGGGAGAUCCCCAAGGCAGGAAUUCUCUGGAUCUUCCUUUACAGAGAGGCCCAGAGAGAGAAAAGAACUUCCCAAAGUCUCAUACUGUGUUUUGCUAGAGCAGAAGGGAGAACUUAGUUCUCCACCCCUCAGCUUCUGGAUCUUUGCCUCUGACCUGCUUUGCAGGCACGGAAUGGGAUUGGAGAUUUUCUAGGGUUGGACUGGGGGAGGUAGGGCCCUGGAAAAUCUCACUAGGAACUGCCUACACAUUGUUUCCAGAAGGGUAAUGGUGCCUAUGUGCUCGAGGGAGACCUGGAGGCCAAUGUCCAUGGGCUGGUGGAGGAGAUGGGCUUCCUGAACGCCAUGUGUGAGGAGUGUGAGGAGAUGAAGGCUACGGUGACAUGAUGAUCCAGCACGGGGAGACCCUGCGCUGCACCAAGGAGGAGAUCAAUGAGCUCAACCGCAUGAUCCAGAGGCUGACCGCUGAGGUUGAGAGUGCCAAGUGCCAGAACUCCAAGCUGGAGGCCGCAGUGACCCAGGCUGAGCAGCAGGGCGAGGCGGCUCUGAGCGAUGCCCGCUGCAAGCUGGCUGAGCUGGAGGCCGCCCUGCAGAAGGCCAAGCAGGACAUGGCCUGCCUGCUCAAAGAGUACCAGGAGGUGAUGAACUCCAAGCUGGGCCUGGACAUCGAGAUCGCCACCUACAGGCGGCUGCUGGAGGGCGAGGAGCACAGGUGGGUGCAGCCAGGGCUGCUGGGGGCAGCGCAGCAUAGGCCUGAUCCGUUGUUUGCUCCCGGACUUCUCGAGCACCUGUUUCUUCUUCUGCUGCCAUCUUGGAAACCUUCAGGGCCCCUGCCAGCCCUGAGAGGCUAAGGAGAAGAAUUUUAGCUGAGGUCCACUGCCUGAUUUCUAACAUGCCUCUUGGGACAGUGGCUGGCUGAUAAAUGUUUAAGAACCGGCUCUCAGAGGAAGAAAACACCCCUAUUUACAGUACUUGCCAACUUCAGUGUGUAAACUCUUCUGUCAUGGCCGACUGCGACUUCAUGGAGGGUGGGCUAGAAAUGUGCAAAACAGGCUCUGUGAAUUGGUUCCAGAACACCAUUGGUUAGAAAGCAGGAGAAAAGGAGGCCUCAAACAGAGAGGGCAAACAGAAGAUUCUCUUACUGUAUUGGAGAGAUGAAACAGCUCAGGGAGACUGGAUUGCUCCCGACCAGCUAGCCCAUCGGUGUGGGUGGGGCGGCAAUCCGGAGCUGGAUUCCUGGGGACAGGUAGAGGGGUCUCUGUGGCCUACUGCAUUUGGAGGGUCCCAUUUCUCAGAGGGAUCUGGGAGAGCCUGCCCCCUAUGGUCUUUUGGGACAGGGUUGGAGAGAUGCUGAGCCUUUGGGGCUGCUGCACCCCAGGCCUUCUCCUCUGACCUUCUGGGGAAUCUUGAAUGAUUCCUUGGGUGACUGGGUUCCGAGCUGGUGACCACAUUACUUCUGUGCCCACACCUAACGCUUACCUUGUCUCUCCUACAUCAGGUGGUGUGAGGGCAGCAAGUGCUCUGAAUCUGGCUCUGGAGGGAGACACUGCAGUUAGACAGUGGGAAGAACGUUUUAGCUCUGAGGGUGGAGAGACCCAGGGAGAAGGGGUUUCCUUCAUUUCCUGCCCCACAGUGAUGAUGACGGGGCUGGAUGACAGGUCGUGAGUGGACUAAUUCCUCACACCACGCCUGUUGGAAUGGAAGUCUUACUUUCCCAUUGUUAGGAAGCUCGCAUUCUCUCCCUGUCCAAGCACACUUGUCCACGUUGAAGAUGUCAAAUAUUUUCUGGACUAAAGUAGGUGUUUCAUCAGCUUGGUUGUCCCCAGGGAGGUCUUCCUGAAGUCAGUGAUAGAAGAAGAGAUUAAGAAGGGAUUGAGAUUAAACCACAAGAUGGACUCCCUUCCAGUAAAGGGUGGGAGUCUGGGGGACAGGCCACAGGGAAGCUCAUGUUGGCUUUACUUAUCGUUGGAGACGUGGAUGAGCAGGAGCCAUCCCAUCCACCUAGGUGCUCUUGGCUGGUAGGGAGGGGGUUCUAAGUGGUGGUGGGGAGCUCUUUGGAACCAGGUCCCCACCCCCACCAAAGGUUUGGGUUUGUUAUUAUCCCUGUGCCAGUGGGGUGUGAGCAGCUCUCGGGCGGAGUUGUAUGUGGGGACCUCUCAGUCAUCCAUCCGUUCCGGUGGCAUCAGAUACUGUGGGAUAGGAGCUUGUGGCCGCAGCUGUAAGAAGUGUCAAGCUGGCUGGGCUUGAUGAAACACCAGGCCCCCAGCGCUCUCACCCUCCCUGAGGAUCCCGGCUGGCCCUCUGCCCAACCCAACCGUGGUGGUGGGGUGUAACCGCUUGGUCUCACCCUGGCCCGUCUUCCGUGCCUUCCACUUCUCAUUUCUUGUUGUGUGGGAGUCUCCCUCCUUGUCUCCUGUCUUCCUCAGGCCGAGGAAGGUUAUUGGGAGGAGAGGCACAUGGAUAUAUUCUGUUGGAGGAAUCUGGGCCGCUUGACUCAUGAAGAGGACAGUCCCUCAGCCCCCAUCCCUCAACCUUGCCCUUCCCCGAACUCUUGCUCUUCCCUUCCCUUCCCUUCCCCGAUCUUCCUUCCCUCCCUGCUGUCGGCGCUUAAAAUAAAGUCACAUGGUUCUUGUCAUGCUUUCAAUCUUUCUGUCCGUUAUUUUGGUCCUGGAAAGGGUGGGAUCUCCAGGAGGGCAUUCAAUGUGGUGGGGGCUGCUAAGGCCAUGACAGCUAUUUAUUUAAGUGAGUGUCAAGGCUGGGGACAUUGAGGAGAGGUGUUCUGAUGGCUCAGGACUCCAGAGGGAAUGCUCCAGUGUCAGGAAGUGUCUGGCCCACUGUUGCCUUGUAGUGGGUACUGAUCGAUGUUAAGAGAAUAAAUGAAUUCAUCUCUAAGGUUUCCAAUUUCCCACAGGGCAUCUCCACUUGAAUGUUGCACUGAUAUUUGGAAUUCAAAAUGCCUUGAAAUCACCUCGUCAUUUUCCCCUGUACUGAUGCCCAUUCGUCAGCUUUCCCUCUUUCUACCAGUUCUUUCUAAUAUUCCAGCUUCAAACCCUUUGAUAUCAUUUUCCCCACCCAAUGAGUCACAGAACCCUGCCUAUUUUUUCCUUUGAAAAAUGCCACUGGGAACUUCUUUUCUUGCAAAAUGUCAGACUAGGACCUCUGAAAAACCCUUUUGUCAUUAGUCACUUAAGGUUCUGAAAAAUAUACUUAAAAAUAUAUUUAAAUGCAUCAUUGAGCUAGCAAAAAGGUAUGGCAAGUUAGAAGGAGGAACAAAAUGGAAAUUCCAGAAUUGCAAAGUACAAUCAUUGAAAUGAAAAGUUCAAUGGAUGGGCUUAACGAAAGACUGAAGAUGUCAGGGGUAGGGUCUGUAUACUAAAGACAGAUGAAUAGAAAUUUUCCAAUCCGAACAACAGAGAAAAAAAGAUCGAAGAAAAAGUAACAGAGCCUUGGAGACCUGUGGGACGGUAUCAAAUAAUCUAGCAUAUGCAUAUUCAGGGUUCCAGAAUGAAAAGGGUGAGAAUGAUGUGGGAAAGUAUUUGAAGGAAUACUUGGUGGAAAACAGCAAUUUACGGAUCCAAGAACCUUGUAGUGCCCAAGAAGACAACUGGCUGUUAGAAGCAAAAAUAAUGAUAUUGUUUAUAAUGUACAUAGAAGUAAAAGAUCUGGCAACGAUGACACAGAUGGUGGGGAGGCGGGUCAAUGAACACACUAUUGUGAAGUGUGGAGUAGCACAGUAUUAACUCCAAAUAGACUUUGAUAAUUAAGGAUGUAUAGUUUUAGUUCUAA